AACAUCUCUUCAGUCCACGACUCUUUCGAGGACAUCAUGUUGUAUGACCAAAACGAAUAAACAGCGACAUCUGCUGCUCGUUAAACGACUAGACUACAACCUCGUCGCUUGGUCGUAGGCUGUGGUGUCGGGAAAGUGCGCUAGAAUUACCCCUCUCUUCUUUGCUUGCAUCUUCCUCCUAACCAUCAUCACCGCCACCAGUGUUCUUAGUGCAAUGGAACAUCACUAAACAAGUAAAAAAACACUAAUCUGCAUAAUGGAAAAUACAAAUGGAAAGUUCUAACAAAUCACCAAAACUACAACUUCAAACGUACUGAAAUGGUUUUAAAGCACAAUCAAAUAUGUGUUUUCUUUACUUUCUCUCAUACAAGAACCCUAAUCUAUCUGAUGGGGUGUUCUGGAACCCUUAAGGAAUAAUAAAGACAUAUUUUUGGAGAGUGCUCCAUCCAGAUCCUUUGGCUAUAAAACUUUUGGGUAGUGUUUGGGUUGGGUUAAAAACUAUAGAGGAUAAAAGGAGUGUCAUCAGAACCAUAGUUUUAAGAUUUCCGGCUGUUUACUCAUCUCCUUGGGGUUAAUCUUUACACUGUGAGGAGAGCAUUAACAGACAUGUGAGAACUGUCAUCCUGGUCAUGUGCACACUGCACUUUGCACUGUUACAAGGGGGAAACAACACAGGCAUACGCUGUGCUGCAUCUAAUUAUCAUGUCCACUUCUUUUUGUGAAAAACCGGAUAUAAUGGAGAUAACCUUUAAAGUGUUGAAGUUCAUGCUUCUCUCUUUGCCUUGGUGGACGAGUGACCAAGUUGCACAGGCCAGUCCAUUCACCCUCUGUGAGUGGAACUUUCCACAAAAGCCUAGUGAGAAUGAAAACACAGCAAACCACAGCCUGCAAGUAAACUGCUCAGGGCUGGGCCUCGGGUCUGCGCCUUCAACCCUGCCCUCUCAGAUUAAAUCCCUGGAUCUGAGUUAUAACAACAUAACUGAAAUCAAGCGGUUUGACUUCACACACCACUUAUGUCCUAUCUCCCAGCUCAUCCUCAGCCACAACUCCCUUGGAAAGAUUGAUGACGGGGCUUUGUCCAGCCUGCACGGACUGCAAGAACUGAAUCUCAGCAGCAACAUUCUUGGGGUUGUGACAGAGGGAAUGUUUCAGGGACUAAGGAACCUCAAAGUGCUUGAUUUGAGACAUAACCAACUACGAUGGAUCCACAAGAUGGCAUUUACUGACCUGGCCAACUUGGAGGACUUGUGGCUUCAGAACAAUAACCUUCGUACUGUCCCAGACGCCAUUAACGUACUGACUGGACUGAAAACUUUGUCAUUGGGAACCAAUAGUCUUUCUCAGCUGCUGGCUGGAGAUCUCAAUCACUGCCCAGAUCUAAAGAUACUACAACUGGAGGACAACCAGAUCUCAACUUUGGCUGCUGAAGCAUUCCAAAACCAUGAAAAUCUGAAGAGAGUUGAUUUAAGUUUCAACCAGCUGGGGGAGCUCCACGACACCACGGUGAAGUUUCUCUGGGAGCGGGGAGUCGACCUGCGUCUCCAUGGCAACCCCCUCAAAUGUGACUGCGGAUCUGAGCAGACGAGCGGGGGUCCUGUGUGGCUGACUGAUGGGGUGUUGUGCCAGGGGACAUUCGGAUCCCUGCAGGGGGAGAGGGCACCUCUGAGGGUCCAUACAACAGUCGUCCUUACUGGGGUUCCAGGGAAGUCUCUGACGAUGCCGUGCAGGGACAAUUACAAUGGAAGAAUGGUUAAGUAUUGGAAGACCCCUGUCGGAUGGCUGACAAGCCGAAGCUCCUGUGACAGCUACAGUGACAUGAAAUGCCUCUGCAAUGGAAGUCUGACUAUACUGAACUUUAGCUGCCAGUACAAUGGGCUUUAUUACUGCUUUCAAGAGGACAAACAAGAAAGAGUCAUCAUCCCAUACAGAGUUCUAGCACUGGGCUCCUGUCAGAAUCCCAUGCGUAAACCAAGGUUGUCCAGAGAAGUUAAGGUUGACACACAAGACACAGUUUCUGAUAGUCACUUCACAGCUGCUGUGACAUCAUCUGUGUUGGUGACCUUUCUUGGAGGGUUUGCCCUUGGCACGUUCAGCAGAUCCCAUCUCGUCAGAUGCCUGCAGAAUGCAAAGUCACGUUUACAACUAAAAGGGGGCAAUCGCCGCAGGACCUCAGAGGACAACACUGACCAAAUCUCUAUGAGGACAAGCCCCUCGGGAUUCAACAGCUCCAACUUCAGGAACGAGAUCUCCCUGGAUGGUGAUGACGCGAGCACAACACACUCUUCUCCUGUCAAAGCUCCAAGGAGCUUCCGCUCGAAGAGGGAGCAGGCAGAGGAGAGUGCACACCAGGAGGACGUUGACAGCCAGGAAGGCUCCAGCAGUGCAGUUCCAUCCAACAGAAAUCAGGAACCUCCAGGAACAAACCUCCCACCGGAUGACCAGGUGCCACCAAGGCCGGCAAGACGGAGCAGAGUGAUUAAGCUCUACAACUACGAUGAAGAGGGCCAUCAUUAUGGCCACAUCAGGGACCCAGAAGGGGACAUUGACGGUGCACCGCAGCCUAAGCAGAGGGUACGAUCUCUGAACCGCCUUAACGCCAUCAUGGGCUCCGUGGAGACACCAGACCUCAGCACACACACACAUCUGCAAACACAGCCAGACCCAGAGUCCGAACUGGGCCAGUCAAGUGAGGAGGGAUCAGUUGAAAUCUGA